GACAUGUUCAUGUGGGCUUUUGAAUAUGCAAAUCCAAAUUUUAGAAGAGUCAGUCGUAAAACAACAAGAAGUGAUUGUUUGCAAUUGUAUGAAGCUGAAAAGAAUACUUUGAAAAGGAUUUUGAAUAAUGUGAGUAAGGUUAGCAUUACAACAGACAUGUGGAAGUCAAGUCACCAAGUAGUUGAGUACAUGGUUGUGACAGGUCAUUUUGUUGAUGCAAGUUGGAACCUUCAGAAGAGAGUUUUGAAUUUUGUCAAAGUGCCUCCUCCUCGACGAGGAACAGAUAUAGCAAAUGCUAUUUUCAAGUGUUUGAGAGGAUGGGGCAUUGAGAAUAAAAUAUUCUCAGUAACUGUUGACAAUGCAUCUUACAAUGACUCUUGUGUUAGAAGUUUGAAAGAAAACAUGUCAUUGAGCAGUAAGUUAGUACUUGAUGGUCAACUUUUUCAUGUUAGAUGUUGUGCUCACAUUCUGAAUUUGUUGGUGCAAGAUGGCCUUAACACUAUUAAAGAUGUCAUUCAUAAUGUUCGUGAAAGUGUGAAAUUUAUAAAUUCUUCAGAUGCAAGGCUAAAGUCAUUCCAUGAAGUUGUUGAAUUAAAAGGAUUGAAAGAAAGGAAACUUAUUCUUGAUUGUCCAACAAGAUGGAACUCCACAUUCUUGAUGUUGUGUACUGCAAGUAAAUUUAAGCAUGCAUUUUCAGAUUACAAUGAAAAAGAGCCCCAUUAUAAGUAUGCACCAUCAUUUGAGGAUUGGGACAAGAUUGAGAAGGUUUGUAAACUUUUGGAGGUUUUUAAUGAUGCAACUCAUGUCAUCUCAGGUAGUGAUUACCCUACUUCUAACUUGUAUCUUGCUGAAAUUCAAAGGGUGAAAAAGGUUAUUGAUAAUACAGCUGAGUGUUUUGACAUGUUCAUGCGUGAGAUGACAAAACCUAUGAAAGCAAAAUUUGACAAAUAUUGGGGGGAGUGUAAUUUGUUAAUGUCUAUUGCAUGUGUUUUAGAUCCAAGGAUGAAAUUAAAUGGUAUUAAGAUAACUUUUCCCUUAUUGUAUAAAACACCAAGUGAUGUUGAAAAGAAUGUGGAGAAGGUGAAAAGGGCAUUAGAAGAUUUAUAUCUUGAUUAUGUGAACUUGUAUAGUCAAGAUGCUUCUUCUACUAGUGGACAUAGUGAAGUCAAUGUUGAAAGCAGCACUCUGGUUGAUGGUGGACAACAAAUGGAUAAAGGGAUGCAAGAAUUAUUGAGUAUGGUCUACCAAAGUCAAUCAAUUCCUCUUACGAAAUCAGAGUUGGAGACUUAUCUUGAGGAAAAUCUUUUUAUUCCUUCUUCUACUUCAUCCUUUUGUGCCUUGGCGUGGUGGAAAAAUAAUAGUCCAAAGUUUAAAGUUUUAUCAAAGAUGGCUUCUGAUAUACUAGCUGUUCCUAUUUCAAGUGUGGCAUCUGAAUCCACAUUUAGUGCCGGGGGAAGAGUCAUUGAUGAAUAUCGUGCUAGCUUAAAUGAGGAAUCUAUUGAAGCUCUUAUUUGUGGUGGGGAUUGGCUUCGUAACAAGUACGGGCUGAAGAAAAAACAAAAGGGAGAUUCUGGACAACAGGAGAUUAUGUUGAAGCCAUGACUUGUUUCAUUUUAUGUUUGAAUGCUAUUGUUGUUAUUAUGUUUAAUGUUUCAUGUUUGUAUUGUGAACUUAUGAUUUCUGUUGUUGUUAAACUUGUGAGUUGUGAAUUUGUGAUGGACUUUUGUAUUAUGG